AUGCGAGCAGACGAAAGUCGCCAUCCUCUUCAGAAACUCACAGCUAUACUCAGCGGUGCAGGCGUCGCCGGUAUUACUGCAGCGCAAGUACUGAGCAACCAAUCUAUCCAUGACUUUAUAAUUGUCGAGUACAAUUCCGAGAUCGGCGGCAGGAUGAAACAUACGUCCUUCGGCAAGGAUGCAAACGGGCAUCCGUUCACCGUCGAACUGGGAGCGAAUUGGAUCCAGGGCCUUGGAACGCCUGGUGGCCCCCAGAAUCCCAUCUGGACUCUUGCCCAGAAAUACCACGUCAAGAACACAUAUUCAAACUAUAGCUCCAUCGCUACAUUCGACGAGACAGGCGCGCACGACUAUACCGAUCUGAUCGACGAAUUCGAGAACGCAUAUACGACGCUAGAGCAGGAUGCAGGAACGAUCCUCCUGGAGAAUCUCCAAGAUCGCAGUGUCCGGGCUGGCCUGAGUCUUAGUGGCUGGAAGCCGAAAAAGAACAUGAGAAAACAGGCGGUUGAAUGGUGGGAGUGGGACUGGGAAUACGCGUGGGAACCCGAGCUGAGCUCCCAGGUUUUUGGCAUCGUCAACUACAACACCACUUUCUACCAAUGGUCUGAUGAAAACAACUUUGUCAUUGACCAGCGCGGUUUCAGUACCUGGCUCGAAGGAGAGGUCAGCACGUUCCUGGCGAAGAACGACUCGCGGCUGCGUUUGAACACCAUUAUCACCAACGUAACCUACGACGAUAAAGGCGUCACGGUGUACGAUAAGAACGGAGGCUGCAUCCGCGCGGACUACGCCAUAUGCACUUUCUCCCUCGGAGUCCUACAGCAGGACGCAGUCGACUUCCAACCCCCGUUUCCGGACUGGAAACAACAAGGCAUUGAGACUUUUGCCAUGGGCACCUACACCAAGAUCUUCCUCCAGUUCCCGCCCGACAAGGUCUUCUGGGACAAGUCGACGCAGUACUUCCUGUACGCGGAUCCCGACACGCGAGGCUAUUACCCCGUGUGGCAGUCGCUCGACACCCCCGGGUUCCUGGAAGGCUCGGGCAUUAUUUUCGUCACGGUCGUGCACGACGAGUCCUACCGCGUCGAGCAGCAGAGCGACGACGUGACCAAGCAGGAAGUUCUGGCCGUGCUGCGCGACAUGUUCGGCGCCGACAACGUCCCCGAUCCGAUCGCCUUCAUGUAUCCGCGCUGGAGCCUGGAGCCGUGGGCGUACGGCAGCUACUCCAACUGGCCGCAGGACGUGACGCUCGAGAUGCACCAGAACCUGCGCGCCAACGUCGGCCGGCUGUAUUUUGCUGGCGAGGCCACCAGCGCCGAAUACUUUGGGUUCCUGCAGGGCGCGUGGUACGAGGGACAGCUCGUCGGCACCGAAAUCGCGUCAUGCAUUAAAGGAAGGUGUAGUGGGGAAACGCACUACGAGGACUUGCAUGGAACCACGCCGUUGAAGGACUAUUCUCUGCGGAACGGGUGGAUGGUUUCGAGUUUUCAGACAGAUGGGCUCUCAUGUAGUCGUAUAUAA